AUGACCUCUGCAACAAGGGAGCGCAACGGCCAAGUGAAUGGCUUGUCCAACUACAAACGCGCAGCUCCGAUCUUCCACCGAGAGGACCACCGGAUCUACUUGAUCAUCCUCGCGCUGGACUAUGCCAACAGUCCACAGCGCCUGCCGAGCGUCACGAACGCGAAGCACAUUGAAGAGUUGGCCAAAGAGUGCGGUGUUCACGAUGUGUGGCACUUGGCCGGUGUCGAGUCAGCACCCACGCAGAUCUUCCAGCCGGAAGUGUCCAGGGGCAAGCCCGAAGGUCUCAGAUGGCUGGUGCGCUGCCUCUUCCCCAUGCGUAAGGCGUCCAAAGGCAGAGAGGCCCCGCCGGAGGCCUGGGGAGGCGCAGAAGCGCCGCGGAGCUGCCAAGAUGAGGCCGGACAGCCCGGCGAGGCGGCCGGCGCGGCCGGCGAGGCCGGCGAGGCUGCGCAGCUGCCGGCCCUGCCGGUUUUGGCGCUGGCCGGGCUCCAGGGCCGCGCCGUGCGCACCGUGGCGGAGACCUUGGCGCGCGAGGGCCGCGCCGACGCCUUGGACUCGGCCUAUGGCUCGGAGCUCCCCGCGGAGCUCAUGGACGAGGAGGUGUCCCCGGCACGGGCGGAGGGCGUGCUUCCACCUUUGCCGCAGUGGCAGAGGGAAACGGAAAGGGAGCCAGAGGAGCAGGAAAAUGAAGCUGCACCUCUUGGAGAAGGCGAUGAACAAGGUCAACAGAGAGGUCAGGAUGGAGAGACUGUCCAGCCGAGGCCGAGGUCCUUCCGGCGGCCCUUUGCCGGGUCUGCCACUUCCUCCAGGCCGACCACCGCCGGCGAGGAGCCGGCGCCCGACAGGUCGACCUCCACCUCGCGGCAGAGUGGGAAGUCCUCGUGGCGCGAGGAAUGGACGCCCGGCGCUUCCAGCCAGGGGCAGGCCAAUCGGGACACCCCCGCGCCUCGUCCACAGCCGCCACCAGUUCCGCGGAGUGAUCGGAAGAUUCCGACAGUGAAUUCAGACGACCCGGCCUUUGCCAUGGCCCUGAAGCGCGCCAGCGAAAGCACCAACGUCCGGUCGGCUGCGCCGCCCGCUCUGGGCAACCGCCGCUGGAGCAAGUCCGGCACCGAGGAGCUGCCCGCGACUCCCAGCUGGGGCCUCAGGUCAAGAUGCGAUGUCAACGACUACUUCAUACUCUACUUUGAAGGCCACGCCACUGUGCUGAGCGAUCCGGACGACCAGGGUGUGCAGGAUGAGGCCUUCGUCUUUGUGGAUCCCAGUGGCAAGGCCUCGCCGGCCACCCUCUUCCUGGAGCACGAGUUUGCCACGCUGGUCCUGGAGCAUUUCAAGCCGCUGACGCGGAUCAUCAUCCUCUCGGAUGCGGGGCACGAAGUUCCCGUGGUGAACCUGACCAGGGAUCGAUGGUCUUUGGCCCAGUGGGCCGAGGUGGCGCGCUUGCAGGUCAAGGUGCAGGAGGCCCUGGAAGAGGUCCACCACGUGCGAGACCGCGUGAAGAAGAUGUGCAAGGAGCUGGAGCAGGUUCCUCCGGAUCCGGAGGAGGGCAAAGAGGCCGUCUGCGAAUACAGCUCCAAGUUGAAGCUGUUGAUGUCCAGCUGCCAAUCGGAGGCCCGAGACGACAGCCGUCGCCAGGAGGACCUGCGCAGGCAAAUCGCGGCCGAGAAAGAGGAGCUGCUAGUGCUGGAGAAGGAGGUGCAGCAGCUCCAAGCAGACGCAAAGCCGGUCAGUCAGCCGGAGCCCGCGGUGCCCGCAGUGUCAGGACAGACGCCGGAGGCCGCCGGCGUCGAGAGCAGCGUAGGUGACAAACUCCCCACAGAUGCACCCGAGGCAGUGCCAAAGGCGAAAGUCCCGCGGACCUCGCUGCCGAAGCCGCCCCCGCCCAAGGCCAAGGGCAAGGCGCCCGCGCCGCCCAAGGCGAAGGCAAAGCUGAAGGCAAAGGGGUCUGGAUGGAGCGACGAGGCCGAGGAUGAUGCCGCGCAAUCCGCGCGGCUCGUGAACUUGCAUUGGCGAGCCUCUCAUGGGCCUCCGGAGGAGACAGAGAUUUACGUCGGGAAAGAUGGGUAUUUGCAGAGCAUGUCCAGCAUGAUGGACAGGUGGGCGCUGGAGCGCGCAGAGAGGAUGAGGCAAAGCAUCCAGAGCUUCGAGCAUCGGGCAGGCCUCUCCGCGAAGGCGCCGGAGCGGGCAGUGCCCCCAAGCGACUUCGAGGACACGGCCCCUGCGCCGGGAAGACGCCGCAGAAGAACCGUGUUCAAUGCUGUCUCCGAAGAACCAGUGCCAGAACUCCCACAAGACCAGCUGGAGGAGUUCUUUCAAGCUCGGACAGCAGCUUUUGACAUUGGCGCGCGCGCGUCGUGCGCAUCGAAUGUCAGCUCCUUGAUCGUGGACAGCACGCAUCAACGAAUGCUGGAUUUGAUGGUGCGGGGCGAGGCCAUUCAGAGACAAAGAGAGACUGGCACCGCCAGAGGCCAAACUGAUGCGGUUGAGAACGCCGUGACGGAGCUCUUGACUGCUUUGGAACGCUGCGACUGCGCGAGGCUGCCACACCCAGUUCUAAAUGACAUGCGGAAGGUGGCCAGCUCGCAGACGGAGGGCUCGAGCUCCAGCAUCGUUUCCUUCGUGGAGAGCCGCGGUGUUGAAGCCCUGUCCAGGCUGGAGCACCCCCACCUGCACCGACUGCUGUAUGGCCUGCUGCGGAUCCCGGCCAUCUCCGCCAGGCUGGAGUGCAUGGCCUUUAUCUCCAAGUUCGCGGAGGAGCUGCAGCACUGCAAGCAGAACCUGCAGCUUCUGCGCCAGGCUUUGCUGCAAGUUUGCGCGCGCCUGGGCGCCUUCCGGCGCUUCUGGUCCGCGGCGCUGGCGCUGGGCAACGCGCUGAACGAGGGCACCGCGCAGGGCGCGGCGCGGGGCUUCAAGCUCGCCAGCGUCCCCAAGCUGCUGGAGCUGAGAUCGCCUCUGCGCCGGGAGAUGAGCCUCUUCCACUUCCUGCUGCUGCAGCUGCGGCCCAUCUGCGACCAGCUCUGCCACCUGGAGCUGCUGGAGGCGCUGAGAAGCGCGGAGAGCCGAAGGGCCCAGACGGUGCACACGGACGUGGCGGCGCUGCUGGAGAGCUUCCGGCACGUGGCGCGGCUGGCGGAGACGGGCGUCUUCCGGGGCGAAAAGGUCCCCCCCUUCGAGGCCGCCGCCGGGGUGGAGGACCCCUUCCACGCGUGCGUACGGGAGUUCGUCGAGGCCUCCCGCCAGGAGUGCGGGCAAGUGUGGAGCGCCAGCCUGGAAGCCUUCCAGAGCUACCGGGACCUGGGCCUCUUUUUCGGCGACCUGGGGUUUGUGUACCCGCCGCCGAAAGACGACCAAGACAGAAAGAAGGACCUCUUCGGCGUGCUUCACAAGUUUGUCUCAGACUGCGUGCGGGCGAGGCAGGAGAUCGAGGAUCAGGGCUUAGCCGAGCAGGUGGCCGAAAGCGGCUUCCAGUUGCCGUACCACAGCACAGAGACUGCACCCCCCACGCCGGCCACACCGGCCGCGCCUUUGCCCACCACGCCUUUGCCGACCACGCCUGCGGCCAGCCCCGGCUCGCCCCCGCGGGUUUACAGCCCAGAGAAAAUGGCUCCACCUCUGGAAGAGGAGGACAUCCCCACUGCCCCAGUGAAGGUCACGGGCCGCUUCGGCUGCGAGCCGCUGCCGCUGAGCCCCUGGGAGCCCGGGGUCACGGCCUCGCCGGACCGCCAGGGCCCGCUGCUCCGGGACUGGCCGGAGGUCUCCACGCCGGAGGUCGCCACGCCCAAGGUGGGGCCGCCCCGGCGCAGCCUGCAGCUGCCGCCCAAGGCCCACAGCCCACCGGCCACGCCCCAGUGUCCGCCGCCCAUGCGGGGCCCCAGCCGCCGGCUCCAGGGAAACCACAUGCUUCCGGGAGCUUUGCCGACAACGCCUGGUUCGACUGGUUCGCGCCUAUGCGCAGAGCCAGACUACAGCAGGGUCACCCGCAAGAGCCUCACCCGACAAGCCGACCGCGCCGCGGCGGAGUGCAUCGGGGCCAGCGCCGCGCGGGUGCGCGGGGACUCGGACUCGGCCUCCCUGAGCAUGUUGAGCAGCCAGUCCUUGGAAUGCAGCUUGAGUACCUCUUCUUCCGCCUCACGGGAGAGUUCCAGGUCAAGAAUCAGUUGGGACAGAAAUGCGGAUCUCAAGACACAGCUCCGGGGCGAGAAGAAGCGCCGGGACGAGUGGCGGCGCCGGGGCAACAGCGGGGAGGGGGUGCAGCUCACCGAGGCGGCCGUGCGGGCCUUCAACACCCGCGCUGGGGCGGUGCCCAGGACCUCCAGGACUCCCGAGUUGUCCCCGGUGCGAGAGCGAGGUGAGACUCCAUACCGUAUUGCCUGCCAGUAG